AUGCCUGUUCGAAAUGUGCCACAGUUUCCGGGUAACGUUCUCGGCCAUACGCAUUUUUAAAAAUCGUUAUCUCGUUUAACGCAAUGCUACCAAACAAUUAAUGAUCGUAUUUGAUGUUAAAGUCCGAAAGUAAUUUCAAAUCAAUCCGUUUUCUGAAGGUUUUGUUGGCCCGCCAAAAGCUACGUAGGACUCCGCGCCGGAAGUGUCCAUCUUGAACGUGAGUUGUGUUUUUGGAAAAAAAAAAAAGGAGAAUGAGUGGCGGUUUUAACUUCAGUCAAGUCAACACCACAGGCUUUACUUUCGGAAACCAGAAGACUACAGCGACGGCUCCCGUCACCGGCUUCAGCAUGACGAGCUCCGCGCCUGCAGCCUCCGGUGGAGGCUUCACCUUCGUCACGAACCCGCAGAACAACACCAACGCGACGGCUACUUUUGGAGCUAACCCCGCUAGUACUUUUGGGACAAACCCUUCAAGUACCUUUGGAACUAACACUGCCAGUACCUUUGGGACAAACCCUUCGAGUACUUUUGGAGCCAACCCUGCGAGUACUUUUGGAGCCAACCCUGCGAGUACUUUUGGUAGUACCAACCCUGCGAGUACUUUUGGUAGUACCAACCCUGCGAGUACUUUUGGUAGUACCAACCCUGCGAGUACUUUUGGUAGUACCAACCCUGCGAGUACUUUUGGUAGUACCAACCCUGCGAGUACUUUUGGUACUACCAACCCUGCGAGUACUUUUGGUACUACCAACCCUGCGAGUACUUUUGGUACUAACCCUGCUGGGAAUUUGGGUACAAAUCAAGCCGGGACUCUCAGUACCAACCCUGCUGGAACAUUCAGCUUCGGAACCCCAGUGAAGACCAUAUCGGCCACUGGUGGCUUCUCCUUUGGGACUCCUACCACCACCACCUUUAGUUUGGGCUCAACCCCCCAGACCACCACUUCAGGGCUGACCUUAGGCUCCACACCAUCCUCUGGGACGGGCUUCACCCUGGGCGCUGGGUUUUCCACGCAGACCACGGCGUCUGCUCCUGCAGGUGGCGGCUUCAGCUUUGGGAAUCCGCUUCAAUCUCAGGUCCAGUCUGCUGCUGCUGCAGCAACAACAACAACAGCAGCAGCAGCACCACCAGCGACAACCACGUCCACCGGCCUGUCAUUUGGAGGCUUUAGCUUUGGCGCUGCCAAGGUCCAGGUGACCACACCAGCAGUCAACACUGCAUCCUCUGGGGGGAGCUUCAUCUUUGGCGGCAGCACCCCUUCCUCCACCCUCACCUUGUCCCAGCCAGCCUCAACCUCUGCAGCCACAACAGUCCAAAGUGGAGGGCUCAGCUUUGGAGUGAAACCAUCACUAACUCCAGCUCCUCCUGUGUCAACUCAGGCGGCCCAAGGUGGAGUUGAGUCUCUCUUUUCUCUCCCAGUGUCCACGGCUACUGCGGCCACCACCACAUUGGGCACCGGCUUCAUUUUGGGUGCCACUUCAUCCUCAGCAAGUACCACUAUUGCCACAACCACCACAAUGGCUAGUAGCGGUCUGGCGUUUUCACUAAAACCCCUGGGAGCUGCUACCACCACCACCACUGCUCCUGCUACAACAUCAGCGGCAACAAGCGCUUCCACAUCAGGCUUUUCUCUGGGAUUCAAACCUGCAGCCACCACGAUUACCACGACUGUGACGACCAGCAUCAUACCUACAUCCACCGCUCCGUCGGUAAUGACCUACGCCCAGCUGGAGGGUCUCAUUAACAAGUGGAGCCUGGAGCUGGAGGACCAAGAGCGCCAUUUCUUGCAGCAGGCAACUCAGGUGAACGCUUGGGACCGUUUGCUGGUGGAGAACGGUGACAAGAUCACAGCACUGCACAAGGAGAUGGAGAAGGUGAAGCUGGACCAGAGGAGGCUGAACCAGGAGCUGGAUUUCAUCUUGUCUCAACAGAAAGAGCUGGAGGACUUGCUCCUCCCGCUGGAGGAGUCAGUCAGGGAGCAGAGCGGCACCGUCUACAUGCAGAACGCAGACGAGGAGCGUGAGAGAACGUACAAGCUGGCUGAGAACGUGGAUGCGCAGCUCAAAAGGAUGUCUCAGGACUUGAAGGAGAUCAUCGAGCACCUGAACACAUCCAGCGGCCCCGCAGAUACUAGUGAUCCGCUGCAGCAGAUCUGCAAAAUCCUCAACGCCCACAUGGACUCACUUCAGUGGAUCGAUCAGAAUUCAGUUCUUCUGCAGAGACGAGUGGAGGACGUGUCCAAACUGUGUGACAACCAGCGCAAGGAGCAGGAGAAAACCUUUCGUUUAACCUUCGACUGAUCUGCAGUAAAUGCAUCCACUCACAUUCAUGUCACACAUUCACAUUUGAAAGUCGUUAUGUGGGUGUGCAUGCAUUUGAUUUACAGUUGCUGUCAUGUUUAAGCUCGUGUGAUUGUUUGCCUCCAUAAAAAUGGAUAUUUUCAGUAGUUUUAUAAAAUAUUGUAUAACACUUUUCUUUGACCAAAAGUGAAACGUGCUGUAAAUGUUCAGAAAGUUUGAUCAAAUAAAGCUUUGGCUCUGUUUAGUUUUAAAAAAAAAAAAAAAAAACACCAUUUAUUUCAGUGGCAGUGGUUCAGACAGUUUGCAAACCUUCUUGUACAUUUAAGACAAAACUGUUAUAAUUGUUCAUUUAAA